GCAACCGGCGCACCCAACUUCACACAGCAUUUGUAAGCAGAAUUUGUGCUGAAAUAAUAAUUAAUCACAAAAAUCGGCGGCGCUUGUGUUUUAAAGAGCAUCACGAAGGAGAAAAAGUGAGAGCUUAGCACCAACCUCGUAGGAUUACUUGCAUUUCGCCAAUUGCAACUACCUUGAUCUGAUCUUUGUGGAAUAACAGCGGUAAAAGAGUGCACAAUGGAUACCUACUUGUUCGAUGGGGGCCGCAUCACUAAAAUGGAGGUGGACUAUGAGCCUGCCUGCAACGAGAAAAUUCCGCUGGCAAAGGAGCUGGCCAAAAAGAAUCCCGACGCCUUCCACGAAGCUAUCGAGAUGAUGCUGCAACUGGAGAAACAGACGCGUCUUGGCGCUGACAUGGUGUCGUGCUCGCGCGUCCUGGUCGCGAUUUGCCAGAUAUGCUUCGAUGCAUCCAACUGGAAUGCCCUAAAUGAGUACGUCACUCUUCUGGUGCGUAGGCGCUCCCAGCUAAAGCAGGCUGUCGUGAAGAUGAUCCAGGAGUGCUGCACGUACGUGGACAAAACGCCCAACAAAGAGACCAAGCUCAAGCUGAUAGACACGCUGCGCUCGGUCACUGAGGGAAAGAUCUAUGUGGAAAUAGAGCGUGCUCGACUCACCAAAACCUUGGCCGACAUCAAGGAGGCCGAUGGCGACAUCGCAGCGGCAGCGACUGUCAUGGAAGAGCUGCAGGUGGAGACGUACGGCUCCAUGGACAAGCGUGAGAAGGUUGAGCUCAUUUUGGAGCAAAUGCGUCUCUGUUUGCUGAAGGAGGACAAUGUGUCGACCCAAAUCAUAGCCAAGAAGAUCAGCAUCAAGUUCUUCGACGAUCCGGCUCAGCAUGAUCUCAAGCUCAAGUUCUACAACCUAAUGAUCCAACUUAACCGCGAUACAUCUUUUCUGAACACUUCGCGUCACUACCAGGCCAUUGCAGAGCCGUCGCGUAAAAAGGCUGCCCUCACACCCGUCGACUCUGCCGCCACGGAUGAGAAGAAGAAACUUGAUGAUGACAAGAAGAAGAAGGAUGAGGAUGAAAAGGACAAAAAGUCUGAGGCCGCAGCAGAGCCGGAAGUCGAGGUCGAACUGACUGAAUCGCAGAAAAAGGAGCUGACGGACAAACUGGUCUGUGCUGUAAUCUAUUGUGUCCUGGCCCCGUACGACAACGAGCAAAGCGACAUGAUGGCCUACUUGUCCAAAAACAAGAAACUGGAGGAUGUGCCCGUCUACAAGGAAAUUCUGCGCCUUUUCAUGUCGAAGGAGCUGAUUAACUUUGAUACAUUUAACGCCGACUUUGGCUUGGUAUUGGCCGAAAACGAUAUGUUCAAGGAUGCCACCAAGCAUGGAAAGAAAUGCAUUGCCGAGCUCAAGGAUCGUCUGAUAGAGCAUAAUAUUCGCAUUAUUGCCAUGUACUACUCCCGGCUUCACCUAGCGCGUAUGAGUGAGCUGCUGAAUCUGCCCGCAAGCCGCUGUGAGGAAUAUCUGUCCAAGCUGGCCAACAGCGACACAAUUCGAGUGAAGAUCGACCGCCCCGCUGGUAUUAUCUAUUUCACCACGAAGAAGAGCGCCUCCGACAUCCUGAACAACUGGGCCACCGACGUCAAUCAGCUGAUGUCCCUGGUGAACAAAACAUGCCACUUGAUCAACAAGGAGGAGUGCGUCUACUCGGUCAUGUGUGCUGUCGAGGAUUAGUCGCAUAUUCUAUCAUAAGAUUGUGUUUUUUAUUGUAAAACGCCUGCCCAUAUAUACCUGUAGCUCUACUAACAAUCC